CUGAGUUAUCGAAAGAGCUGCAACUACAACAAAAGCGUAACUCUCGGGAUCUCGUAAAUUAAUAAGAAAUUUAAUUAUUCAACCCGCCAGCGUUCGGCAGCAGUCGAAUUAAAUUGGCCAGGGUGUGCGACAAACAGUUGUGGGCCAUUGCAGUUAAAUAGAUUAGAGAGAUUGCCGAAGAAUUGGCCAGCGCGAAAAAAGCUCCCACUCGGCGCGGUCAUUGUAGUAAAUCGUAUUGUUAACCGAGUGCGGGUGGUUGUGUUAUACUAGUCUGCAUAUAUUUUAAGUUAGCGGUGCAGUAUUUCAACUAUUCUAUGUGGCGGCAUUUUGAUGACGAAAUUAUUUUUGGAUAAGUGUUUGAUGAGAGCGGGCAAAUCGGAGGAAUCAUCAUCAUCAUCAUCAGCGGAAUCGGAAUGGAGAGCGAGCGGUUGCGAAUCACGCUGGACAGCGCGGAUCGGGUUUACUUCGCUGGCGACAUAAUUCGCGGCGAGAUUUGGAUGAAUGUAAACAAGCGCACUAAAAUACGCGCGAUCAAGGUGCAGGUCACCGGCAAGGGCAAGUGCAAGUGGAUGGAGAUCCUGCGCAAGAACUCGAACAACAACGAGUACUCCCGCAGCCUGUUCUACACGAGCAAGGAGGUGUACGAACACAGUGAGACACCACUGCCGGAUUUCGAGCCGCGUGGCCUGGAACUCUCGCCCGGGGAGCACACGUUCAUCUUCGAGGUGGCGCUGGGUCGCCAGCUUCCUUCGAGCUUCAAGGGCAGCUAUGGCGGCAUCAAGUACAAGAUGCGCGUGCUCAUCCAGCGACCCUGGACCUUCGACGAGCGGCACACCAUUCCGUUCACCGUGGUGAAGAACAUGCCGCUGCAGCCGUCGCAGCGCAGUGUGCCCAGUUCACUGGAGAAGCAGGUGACCAAGACGAUCAGUUUGUUCGGCACACGGCCGAUCACCUUGCUCGCCCUUCUGCCGGAGGACUUUGCGGUGCGGGGCGAGCCGCUGCGGAUCUGCGCCACUGUGAUCAACAACAGCACAACCGCAGUGGAGAAGCUGCGCUUCAGUGUCCUCCAGUACGUCACCUACUACAGCCAUGUGCCGCUGCGGGUGCAAAAGGUGGAGUGCAUUGCGGUGGCCACCAAGGAGACGGGUUCGGUGCAGAAGAAGACCGAGCGGAGCUUUGCCCACGAGCUGCUGCUGCCCGAAGGGGCUCAGCCCACGGAUGAGCAGAUGAGCGGCGUCAUCACCAUCGUCUACGAGUUGCGCGUGGAGGCGGUGCUGCGGGGAUUCUUCAAGAACUUGAUACUAAAUCUUCCGUUCAAAGUCUACUCUCAGGACACUUGCAACAGGCUGAGUUCACUGCGUCCGCCGCCGCCACCGCGGCCAGACGAUGGUCCACCCGGCCCGGAUGCGGGCUCCGGCAAUCCCUUCGAGCCUGCCCUGCCCGUCUACCCCUCGCUAGACUCCUCCAUUGGCUCGCCGUCCCACUCCUCGCAGUUUAGCGAGUGCAGCUCCAUCAACUCGAUAACCUCUGACUCCUCGGCGGCCACACUGAGUCCCGCCGUCGGCGCUGGUGCCGCGAACAUGGAGCUCUCCUACACCUCGGGCUCGCAGUCCUCGCAGUACGGCAGUCCCUCGGCCAGAGCCAGCUUGCGCAGCUCCAACGUGCCCUACAUGCCCUACUCGUCAAGUCCAUUGAUGGUGCAGUCGUAUCCGCCGCCGCACCUUCCCACCUACCCGCUGCCGGAGUCGCCGCAGUACUCGCUCCUUGCCUUGACACCGCCACCCACUGGAGUAUCUGCUCCGCCAGGAGGAGCAGGAGCACCGGGAUACAGCCAACUUCCAUCCACCUCGGCCUCAGCUUCGUUUCUGCAGCCUCGCCAGGCGCCUGGAGCUCAUGAGCUGCCACCUUCCUAUGAAGAGCUCUUCGGCCUGGCCAACGCACCUCCGGGAACUCCAAAGUAAGGAGUGCGAGAGACAGUCCUGAGCAGCCACCCAGUUACGUCCAAGCUUUGCCUAGACAUAGAGCUUCAGGUUUACUUUAUAGUGUUAUAGAGUAUCACAAUAUCAAAUAUGACUUAGACCGCCUUCGCUUCGAACACAAAUAUUAAGCAAUUUGUGCACAACUCAAACGCACACUUUAAUAUAUGGUUUUCUUCCGCUUUAAUCUUCCAUGCGAAAGUUAUAUUUUGACGCACAUUUAAAUUAAUGUCUUCGUUUGACCUAAUUUUAAAGUUAGGUUUGGACAAGGCAAAUAGUUUCUUUGGUACAAGUUCUGAAACUCAAAAAGUUGUGCAAUACUUUCUGGAAAUUAUGUACAACUGGUUGUACAACCUUUUUUUUCUUUAAAUGUAUGAAUACACAUACAUAUAUCACCUUUUUAAAUUAAUCAAUACAAAUUCAUAUCACCAUUGUCCGUUCUUAAAUGUUUUCUACAAAAGCACAAAUAGCUUUAAAAAAAUAAUAAAAGAACACGUUUGCUUAUGAUUGAGUUAAAUAUUUGGAAUAAAAUAUUUAAAAAUUUAAUAGUUAACGUUAAAUGCUUAUGACCACUUGUAAGCGUAUUUGCCUUGUCCACCAAUUGACAACCAACCAAUAAGGAAACCAAGCUACUACAAAUAUGAAUACCAAUUAUAUACGAACCAAUUCUAUAUUAGAUAAAAACGAAUUUUUUCUUAUUAAUUAAUUUUCUUCAGUCUAAUGAAUUUAUUAUUAUUAACUUUGAAAAGUCUGUCUUGAAUAUCGAGUAUAAUUUAAAUGCCGCCCUUACCCAGAUAGCCAAACUAUGUGCAUUUCUAGGAAUGAAAUUUGUUUUAAAUCUCAAAGACUCAUGAGUAUUUAUCUCACUACUCACCAUAACUCGAAACAUAUUUGUAACCCGCCUAUUUAUCUUUCAUCUCUUAUUUGUUCACGUCCCCAUUUCCAAAGAUUUAGUCUCAAUGAAAUUCUAUACCAAAACAGGUCUUACAACACUAUUUAUUUUUCACACUUCAUAAUAUGUUUAGCAUUUAAGUACUUAAGCACGAAUCAAAUAUUUUGAAAGAUAGAUUGGUUCUUUCAAGCCAGAAGAAUCAUUGAUCAAUAAGCUUUAGUGCCUCUGUAUGAUGAGUAAAUCGAAUGGUUAUCGUUGUUGAAUACAAAUGUACCGAUAAACAAUUUUUAUACACACAUUGUAUAAACAAGUCAUCGUUCGGAAGCAAUGUCAACUUUUAGUUUUAAGCGCACAAAUGCAUAUUAUGUACGAUCAAACGAUUUCGUUAAGGUGCUUUACAAAUCACUAUUUUUGGAUACCAAUUUUUUAGUUUUUUUCGAAUUUAGUGCAAGUUGACUAAAUUUAAAUAUAAUUUACAUAAUGGAAUAA